AUGGUGACCACUCAGUCUCGUUGCAUAGAGUCCACCGCGAUUGAGUCAGCAUUCUGGAGGACGAUUGACGACAUAUGUGAUGGCGUUGCGGUGCAACAAGCGAGCGACGGGCGCUUGAUGCCCGAAUCUGUGAGAGAGCAAAGCGCGACCGCUAUUAAACUCUAUUGCGACUAUCACGUGAUUCAAUUUCAGCUCCAAGGCAAGUUUUCAAUGACUGUUUUUUAUGAAUUGUGCUGUGCUCGAGGACUGAAGCACGUGGCAAAAGCACUGCCACAUGCAGUUCGGGAUCUCGAAGCGGUGUACGUAACGCUUACCAGCCUGGAUGAUCACCUACAUGAUUCACUCUGGCGCACACGGUACACCCUACUGCUCUGGCUAGGGAUGCUGAUGUUGAACCCCUUUAACGUAGACUCGAUCACGGAGGACGGCGUGUCAUUCGUGGCAGGCGUGGUUUUGCAUUGCAGCGAGACCUUGAAUGAUGCAGGACCGCCACGGGACGCAGCAGCCUUUUGUCUAUCAGUGACCCUGACUCGACGUGACGUGUGCGCAUCGCAUCUCAAGUCAUUCGUGGACCUGGCUACAAAUCUGGUAUUUGAGCUGGGCAAGCCAGAUAGUAAGCCUAUCUUUGCAGCAGCAGGCGCAUUGACAGCCCUUGCAGCUGCGUUCAAGCGGGGGGACAGGGUCCGUCUUGCAGCUCUUGCUCGAAUUACAUUCGAAGGAGUCCGACUUUGCUUUGGUGAUUCGAAUUCUGCAUUUCGACCUUUGAAGCAACUCGCGGUGAAACUCGCUGGGCGUGUCGGAGUGGCUCUGUUGAAACCAAGAAUUGCCUCGUGGUGCUAUACUAGAGGGAAAAGGACGCUCAUGAUGUCCGAUGUGCCACCACCUUCCAUAUUGCCUUCAGGCGUUGCGGAGGGUGGGGAAUCGAACGUCGAGGUUGAAGCAGAAGAUGCCGAGGAGGUGCUUGAAGCCGUCGUCGACGCUUUGCUCGUGGGACUGCGUGAGUGUGAGACGAAGACGAGAUGGUCUGCAGCUAAGGGUAUAGGGCGGAUUGCGUCCAGGCUCCCACGCAGUAUCGCAGAUGAUGUGGUUGAGGGCGUACUUUCUGUGUUCGACGACCAGGGUUCACAUGAUGACGACAAUGCCUGGCACGGAUCUUGUCUCGCCCUCGCAGAACUUUCGCGGCUUGGUGUCUUGCUCCCAUCCAGGCUCUCUGCCGCAUUCUCUGCGCUAUCAGCGGCACUCAAGUAUGACCGGCAACGGGGGAACCACAGCAUCGGGGCCAACGUCAGGGAUGCGGCGUGCUAUGUAGCCUGGGCAUUCGCGCGUGCCUAUGCACCUCAGAUCAUUUCACCCCAUCUACCGGCGCUUGUUGAUAGGAUUCUUACCGUUGCCGUGUACGAUCGCGAGGUCCACGUGCGGCGAGCUGCCGGCGCAGCCCUCCAGGAAAAUGUUGGAAGACAAGGCAUGAAAAUGUAUGGCUCUGGGGGAAUCAAAUUAAUACAAGUGGCAGACUUUUUGGCGCUAGGCAACAGAGAACGAGCCUAUUUGGAUGUCGCCUCGUCGGUGGCAAAGCUCGGGUUUUGGCAGCCGCUCUUUGACCAUCUUCUUGAAGACCGAUAUCGACACUGGGAUCCUCAAGUGCGGGCUCUGACAGCAAGGAGUUUAGGUGAGCUCGUCAGACUUCUAGAGCAUCCACCAAGUCGACUGGACGCUGCACGUACAGUCGUCACCACGCUUGCCCCGCUUGCGGCCGGGAGUCGAGAACUCGCUGCUCGGCACGGCGCUCUCCUCGCACUCGCGGAGGUUGCCGCCUUCGUCCUCAAGGACGAAGCCGUCGUGUCCGAACUUUCCGAUAUUGUUCCUAGGAUCGAAGCUGCGCGUCUCUACCGUGGUCGCGGCGGCGAACUCGUGCGCUCUGCCGCCUGUGCGUUGAUCGAAUCCCUUGCUUUGAACCGCACUCCUCUCCCGAUCAAGGUCCAGCUGCGUCUCCUUGAUACCUUGGAUGAAUGCAGUAGUCAUGCUGUCGAGGCGGUGCGACUUGCGGCGAUGAAAGGCGUGAAGGCUUUGACAUGGACUUAUUUUGGUGGUUUUCACAACUUCGCAAAGACAAUGACGAAACCUAGUGAACGACUCUUGGCGCGUACUGUCCUUCGAUAUACGGGCCUAGCGCGCAAGCCAACAACUCCGGAUGUAUCGCGUGGUGCUUGUCGCUGUCUCGGGGCUUUACCUGUGCGUUUGCUUGCUGCGGAUGACGCAACACUCGAUGCGGUUCUACAAAUUCUGAUUUUUCGAGCACGACGUGAUGACACAGUCGCCGGUGAAAAGGACGCAGAAACGAGACGCGAUGCUCUUGCAGCCUUGAAAGACCUAAUUCGAACCGUAGGGGCGCCUUACCUGACCCGAAUUCGAGUUCUGCAGCUCCACAACUGCUUCGUUACCAACGCAUGUAGUGAUUUCAGUGUAGAUAAGCGCGGAGACGUGGGUUCUUGGUCCAGGAUCAAGGGCCUAGAGGCAGCCACUGAAUUGGUGUCAGUUCUGACGGUAUUUUCGGAUGAUGCAGACUCAAUAGGAAGCACCAUUCCAGCUCUUGGCGAGCGCACAGCGUGGCUCUCGAGUUCGGAUAGCUUGUCCUUUUUAGUUGCAGAAACCCCCUUCAUGGGCUUCGACUCUAGAGCUAGAUGGACUGCAGUCGAGUCGGAACAAUUUUGCUGUGCUCUUCUGAGGCAUCUUGGCGAGAAGCUUGACGCCGUCCGAAAUGUCGCACUGAGGCUUAUGCCAAUCCUUCUGAAAGUUGCACCAGCAAUCCCCAAACGCUCGGAAAUUGACGACGCACUCUCACUAGGUGAAAGAUAUUUCGGAUACGACACGUCUCCCAAAUGCUCUCAUUUCAUGCGCUUAUUCUCUCCGUGGAUCCAAACCGCCAAAGUUAUCAGAUGA